AAUGACAGAGGGCUGGUUAAUAUUUAAUUACUUCUAGUCACUAGCAGGUUAACUGUAAAUGGGAGGAGAUAGAAGGAGAUUGAAGGGAAUUACUUACAAACAGAGAAAUCUCACAUUAUGUGGCAGUGCCACACUGUGAGUGCCAGACACACUUCCAGCUGUCACUGAAAGAGCACACAGCUUUUCUGCUGCAUGAGCCAUCAAGUAAGAAACGGAAGAAUUGGAGUUAUUUCAGUUGUCUGAUGUUCGACUUCUUCGCAGGAAUUGAGACUCUGAGAAUUAGGAAAAGCUAUGGAGGGGCAGAUUCGAGAGCUGAAGCUUCAGCUGGAAAAGCAGUAUUUACGGACAAAGGAGCUGGAGAAUGAAAACCAGCAUCUUGAGAAUCUACUAACAGAGAAGGACAACAUGAUCAAAGAACUACAGACCAGGCUUGGAGCUUUAGAAAUCUCAUGUAAUCGUUCAAGCUCGGACAGUGAUCAACUAGGAAGGAUUAGCCGCACCACGGCUAUCGCACCUGAACCUUCACCAGAAGACUGGGACAUAUCUCUGAAAAUGAUUCAUAAGUCUGCAAGUGAAAGAAGUCUGAUUAUUAAGGCUAUUCGCCAGAAUGACUUCCUGAACCGUCUGGAUGAGGAACAAAUUAACAUGAUGGUGGAGUGUUUAUCCUGGGAUGAAUGCAACCAGGGCAAAGUCAUCAUCAGAGAGGGUUCAGAAGGAAAUACCCUAUAUAUUGUAGCAGAUGGUGAGCUCAAUGUUACUCAAGCUGGUCGUUAUCUACGCACUUUAACAAAGGGGGAUGUUUUUGGAGAACUAGCUAUCCUCUACAAUUGCAAACGUACAGCCACUGUUACAGCUGUCACACAUGUCCAGAUGUGGUGUAUCGAAAGGCAAACCUACCGAUCUAUAAUGACAAACAAGUCCAAAAGAAAACGGGAGCAAAUUAUGGGAUUUCUAAAAAAGGCAAAGACCCUGAAAGGUCUCAAUGAUACUCAGCUCUCAAAGAUAAUCGACUCAAUGGAGGAGUGUAAAUUUCAAAAUAAUGAGAUUAUCGUGCAAGAAGGAACAGAGGGAAAUAUAUUUUAUAUUAUUUUAAAAGGAGAGGUGAAAGUAAUGAAACUAGUAAAUGGACAGGAAAAAGAGAUCAGGAUGUUACAGGAAGGAGAUCAUUUUGGAGAGCUGGCUCUAAUACGAAAGAUAUGUCGAACUGCAACAUGCAUUGCUGUAGGCCAAGUUACUUGCAUCUCCAUUGACAAAGAAGUUUUUGAGGAAACCAUUCCAAUUGAAAGUAUAGAACUCCCUGAAGAUUGUGACCUCUUUGAAAAGUCUUCAUUGUCUGAAAAAAAAAGUUGUAUAUUCAGUUCUCAUAACUCUAGACUCCACACCUCAUUGAAGCUUAAUGAUUUAGUUCCAGUGUUAUAUCAGGAUGGAAAAUACCAGGGAAGUCCAGUUACCCUAGGAGUUGGAGGUUUUGGACGUGUUGAACUUAUGACAACACCCAUUUCAUGUCCAGCAGAAUAUUUUGCCUUGAAACGAGUCAGUAAGAAAUUAAUUGUGUCAAAAAGACAACAAGAUCACAUCAUGCUGGAGAAGAAGAUUCUUCAAGAUAUUCAGUGCAACUUUGUUGUCAAACUGUUUGCUGCCUUUAAGGAUUCCAGGUACAUUUAUAUGGUUCUAGAGUUCUGCUCUGGUGGUGAGCUAUGGACCAAACUUAGAGAACUAAAACGGUUUGAAGAGGUCAUUGCUGUAUUUUGCACUGCAUGUGUUGUUGAGGCAUUUUCUUAUCUGCACAACAAGGGAAUUGUAUAUCGAGACCUAAAACCAGAGAAUUUAAUGUUAGAUCGGCAUGGAUACAUCAAACUGGUGGAUUUUGGCUUUGCCAAGGAGAUUGUACGUGGAGAAAAAACCUACUCGUUUUGUGGCACGCCCGAGUAUUUAGCUCCUGAGAUAAUAAAAAAUGAAGGGCAUGAUUUUGCUGCUGAUUUCUGGUCACUUGGAGUCUUGAUAUACGAGCUUCUGACAGGCAGCCCACCAUUCUCUAGCUCUGAUCCACAGAAGAUUUACAGCAAGAUCCUGGACGGGAUUAUUAAGUUCCCUGCUUACAUGAGGGAAGCAGCAAGAUCCAUUGUUAACAAGCUUUGCAGACAACGACCUGGCCAAAGACUAGGAAACACAAAAAAUGGAAUAAAGGACAUCAGACACCACAGGUGGUUCAGUGAAAUUAACUGGCAAAAACUUCAGGCUGGACAAAUGGAAGCACCUACAGUUCGUCUAAUACGGAAGGGACCACUCUAUGUAAAUUUUGACAGGUUUCCACCGGACAAGACAAAAGCUGAUGAGGAGUUUUCAGGCUGGGAUGAUGAUUUUUAGCCUUCUUUUUUGGAGCAACUCGUUAGAUGUAAAAAAAAAUUAAAACAAAAUUUUUAAUUUUUUUCAAACCAUGAGGUAUAUUUAAUGUGCACCAGGAUGUCAAAAAACAACAUGAUGCCUUCAGUGAGGAAAGAUCAAAAUUCACUAAAAAUUACAUUGUUGCCACUUGUGGUUUUAUUGUGUAUUCUUGCAUUAUAAGAGGAUAUACUGUAUGUUUACACAGUAGAAUCGUAACACUUCACAGAGAAAUUCUGUACACCUCAGCAGUACACCUUUUUAAAACUGUGCCUAUGAUAUACAGUACCUCUCGGUGCUGAAAGGGCUGAACUGUAAUUGGUUUAGAUUUGAAUCUGUAACUUGAAAAAUUACUAUGAUGCUAAACUAUUUAAUUACUUGAAACUCAGGGGUACUUAACAUUCACUACAACAUUUUUUGUUGUUUUUCUCCAGCCGUCUGUUUUUUUUUUGUUUCUUCUGUCCUCCCUGGCCAUCAGACCUUACUUUUAUUCUAUGUUAAUUAGUGUUCCCUAAUUUUAAUUAUUUAUUUUGUCUUUUUUCUCUUUCUUCAUCAUAUAAAGCACUUUGAGAUACAUUGUUUGUAUGAAAAUGUGCUAUAUAAAUAAAUGUUGUUGUUGUUGUUGUU